GAGUUAAUCUUAGGCUCUAGGCAAUUGCGCUAAUUUGGUUUUAAUUUCUCUGAUUUAUAGGCAAAAUCAUAUGAAUUUGAAUCUGGUUGUUAGGGUUUUGUCAUUUUUCAGUUUGCCUGAUGGGGAACCAAAAUCAUGGCAGCAUGGUAGAAUUUUGCCUACUCAAGUUGUUGACAUGCAUAGCUUCAACGUGCUGCAACUAGUUAAUUUCAUAGCCGAGCACUUCAUGUGAGGUUCAAAACAGUACAUAACUUUAUGGCGUGCAUUGGAGGAUACAUUUAGUGGAGAUUCUAUUGAGAUUAAAACUGAUGAGCAGUUACUUGAGUGGUUUGAACUGAACAAAGACAAGGAAAAUGUCUACAUUAAUGCUCAAAUUAAUGAUUUUGAGGGUCCUUUGCAGUUUUCACCAACAAAACGUAGAUGUCACCCUUGUGUGAGGAAUAGAGUGCCCACCAAUGAGACAAACACCGCUGAGAGACCCACAUCCACAAACGAAAAAGAGAGAGCCACCAGAAAAAAGAGAGCUAUAAAAAAAAGAGAGAUCCACCAAAUCAAAAGAAAAGGGUGAUGAUAAUGAGGAGGGUGUAGGAGUUGAGGAGUGCAUACAUUCUGACAAUGAUUCACUUAUGGCAGCAAGUGAUAGCAGCUAUGAUAGUGACUUGGUUGCAUCCUCUGAUUCUUGUGAUGAUUGCUCUGACCCAGAUUUUAAUCCUGAUGGUGAAGUUGUUGAUGAUGAAGAUGAAUAUGACCCUCCACCCUUCUCAUAUGAUGUUGAUAACCCGAACAUUGAUGUAAAUGUGGUGUUCCCAGAUGUGGAUCAGUGCAAGGCUGCAGUUACACAUCAUGCCAUUUUGAAUGAUCAUGCUUUCAAGAUUAAGCAAAAGGACCAGACUAGAUUUAGAGCCAUAUGCAAGAGAGCAAAUGAGGGUUGCAAGUGGCGGUUUUUUGCAUCUACAAGCAAAAAGUACAUUGGCUGUAAGGUUAAGACUAGUGGUCCAAAGCAUUCUUGUGGUUCAUUCAACAAUUGUGGUGAAACCAUGGCCAACAAUAAAUGGGUAGCUGAAAGAGUUGUUGAUUUGUUGCGAGAAGACCUUGAAAUGAGACCAAAGGAGUUGCAAGGUAGGCUCAAUAAGAAGUACUCGAUAGAAAUUCCAUAUUAUAGAGUUUUCAGAGGCAAGGAAAGGGCAAUGGACAUGAUAUAUGGAAAGUGGGAGGAUAGUUAUAACUUGUUGCCAACUUAUCAAGCUGAGCUUCUAAGAGUAGUACCCGGCAGCAUAGUUGACAUAGACACUGAAGAAGAUGACAAUGGUGAUUUGUAUUUCAGUAGGUUCUUUGUCGCUCUUAAACCAUGCAUUGAUGGGUUCUUGGAAGGAUGUAGGCCCUACAUUGCCAUGGAUGCCACACACUUGACUGGAAGGGGGAGGGGUCAGCUAGCAGCAGCUGUUGCAGUGGAUGGUCAGAACAACCUAUUUCCAGUGGCUUAUGGUGUCAUUGAGACCGAGUCUAAGGAAAGCUAGACUUGGUUUGUGAAUAACGUAAAGAAGGCUAUUGGUACUCCUACAGGCUUGGUCAUUAGUACAGAUGCGGGCAAAGGAAUUGAGAAGGUUGUAGAUGAUAUGUACCCAGGAGUGGAACAUAGAGAAUGCAUGAGGCACUUGUGGAAGAACAUGAAGAAGAAUGGGUACGGUGAUGAGCUUUAUGGUAAGAAUAUGUGGGCAGAACAACCUAUUUCAAGUACUUCAUGCGAAACAUAGAGGAGAAGGAUCCUAGUGCACUAUCCUGGUUGGAUGAAAAUCAUCCAUAUGUGUGGAGUAGAAGCCUAUUUGGGGAAGAAUGCAAGGUAGAUUACAUCAACAACAACCUCUCUGAAAGUUUCAACAGUUGGGUGUCCCAAACUAAGGAUUUUCAAAUUGUGGAUAUGCAUGACAAGAUAAGACAAAUGAUCAUUGAGAAAUUUGUUUUUGAGAGCCAAGAUUGCUAGAAAAAUGUCAGGCACAAUCAUUCCAAGUGUGAUCCAUGCUCUAAAUGCUAAAGCCAAGAGUAUAAAGGACCAUGAGGUAUUGCUGAAGUAACUGUGAACAGAUUCAGGUACGUAGUCAACUUAGGCCAAAAAACAUGUACUUGUAGGCAUCCAUGACAUUGUCAAGCAUAUGCAUGUUCUUUCAAUCCAAUGGCAUCCAAAGAUAAUUGGCCACGUGUUGAUUUGGGCUAUAAAAUCAAGAAGCCAAAACUAAGAAGGAAACGAGGAAGACCAAGAAAUUCUAGGAUCAAGUCCUUUGAUGAGGCCACCACUAGUAAGAAAAGGAAACCAUGUUCAGAAUGUGGAGAACUAGGACAUAUAGCCAAGUAUUGCCAAGGAGGUCUAACUGCUAGUCAAAAGAGGAAUCGACCAUCUUCUCAAAAUGAGUCAUCUUCACAAGCAUCAAUUGCAAGUGCAAGUGCAAGUGGAAGUGGGAGAGGGAGGGGGAGGGGAAGAGGAAGGGAGAGGAAGAGGGAGACGAAGUGGAAGAGGAAGUGCAGGACCUGGAAUUGAAGGAAGAACUAACAGGAAGAAGAGGAAGAGGAGGGAGAUUGGCUGCAAUGUUAGGAAUAGUGUGAUGUAUGACAAUGAAUAUGUAAUAUCUCACGAUUACCUACUGCUUUUGUUAGACUUGUAUGUUGGAUAAUGGUUGGAGCUGUCGGUGCAAAAGCUAAUCUGCAAA